UGAUGUACACAGGAACGACUGCUUCGCAGGACACCAGGUUCAGCGACAAGGAGAAAAAACUUCUAAAACAGAUGAAAUUUGGAGAUUCAUUGACACAAAAAGUGGAUAUGAGCAAAGUGAAACUUGAUGUAAUUAAGCCAUGGAUUACAACAAAGAUCACACAGAUUCUAGGAAUGGAAGACGAUGUGGUGGUAGAGUUUGUGUAUAAUCAGCUUGAGGAGAAGUUUCCUGACCCCCGAAAAAUGCAGAUCAACUUGACAGGCUUCCUGAACGGUAGGAAUGCCCGUUCUUUCAUGGGUGAAUUAUGGGACCUUCUGGUCUCAGCUCAAGAAAGUGUUACGGGCAUUCCCGAGGCUUUUUUGCAGCAAAAGAAAGAUCAAAUUAAAAAGCGUUUGGUAAUUAUUAGUUUUCACCUUUGUGUAAUAAUCGAAUAUCAAAAAGACUUCUAAGCACCCGCGCGCGCA